AAUGUGGCUAGACAACAAGGGACGCAAAUGACUUGGCAUGGCCUGAUACCCCGCCAUCCGGCUAUUGUCUACAGCCCUUUAAUCCACAUCUGCGGUCUUUGCAAGACGAUCGAUCCUGUUGCCGGCCGAGGACAGCUUCACUUCCCCAGAUUUUACAAUUGACGAUGAUACCCGAUGAGAGUUUCAGGAGUGAUGCGGGGCAAUACCCGACAGAUAGCAGCCGGAUGGACAAGGAGUCCUCAAGGGAUUCGAGGCCGGUGAAAAGGAUCUCGCGGGCUUGUGUCCGAUGCCGACAACGAAAAUCAAAGUGUAACUUAGGAUCCAAUGGUCAGCCUGGAAUACCGCCAUGCGAGUCCUGUGUUCGAGAUAACGCAGAAUGUGUCCUGGCAACUUCCCGGAGAGGUGGGCGACGGGUUCGGCGAAGUACGGCAACUGCAUCUCACAGCAGCUCAUCAAGACCAUUACCGGUCGUGGAAGAAACGAGGUCAAAUUCAUAUGCCGCCGGCAUUCCAGAUCAUUUCUCUCAUCAUUCACCGACAGGAAGAGAGCCAUAUGGCCAAGAUGGACCGAUAUCAUCUGCUAACAUUGAGGAAACUAUUGCCUCCACAGACCUGCAUGCAACUUCCGAGGCGUUGAAUAUGCUCAGCCAAGCUGCUCAACUCGAUACGUAUGCAACUCCAGGCCAGAGAUCCCAUACUUCAGAUCGGCCGAUAGUCAUGUCACCUGAAGCAGUUGCCAAUGGGUCUGUAAGAAGUGACCAAUUUCCACCAGGCCAACUGCAAUAUGCUUUGGUAUCCCAAGGCCUCCUAAGUGUUGCCCAGAUAUCUCGACUCAUAGUCCGUUUCCAGCAAUACUAUCACCCUUACUUACCUAUAGCUCCCAGGCGAAGUUUUGAUCCAAAAUGCUUGCAAUAUAUGUGUACAAAUGAGCCCCAUCUUCUGACGGCUAUGAUCACCGUCGCAGCACGAGACUUACCUCAACCCGACAACAUACUCCACACUUGCUCCACUUACAUGCAUCAACUUGUUUCAGAGAUCAUAGCCGGUAAAAAGUGUGACGUCGAAGCAGUGGAAGCACUUUUAUUACUCGCUGAGUGGGAACCCCAAGACUCGCUCUCAGAAGGGAAAGAAGUCGGAUGUGGGGAGGAGGACCGCGCUGCAUGGAUGCAUGUCGGUCUCGCUCUAAGGAUAGGCUACUUUCUAGGUCUUGAUCGAACGGCAAUCAAGCAUGACGACGAGGACAAAGCAGCGCACUUCAACAGGCGGCGUGUGACGUGGGCAGCCUGUUACAUUUCUGACAGACAGUUAUCUGCUCGUAUCGGCAGAGCGUUUUGGUCUCGUGGACCUGUAGUUCUCUCAGGUAUUGGGCGGCAUGGUCGUCAAGUCUUCGAUGACUUUCGUCCUUUACAGCCAACCACGCCUGACGAGACGGACUUCGCAAGUGUGCUGCAGGCCAAUUUGGACCUCACGCAACUGUUCAGCAAUGUUCAUGAUGUCCUCUACUCUGGGAUGGGCAGUAGUAUGAAGUUAAUGCUGGCGGGAAACUAUGUCAAGUACGUAGACGACUUCAGACGCGCGAUCGAAGGAUGGAAGAGUAUUUGGGGGACACUGACUUGUCCCCCAAAUAUCAAAGCAACUCUCCAAAUGUCAUAUGAGUACCUACGGCUUUAUACAAAUGCAUAUGCAUUUCAAGCAACCGUCACUCGCGCCGUGGCUGCCAAGUCUUCAGGUGCAGUAUCAGCCAAUGAGCCUCCUCACAAUGGGAUACCGUCUCUACCCGACGCUCGCUUCAUAUACGAAUCAGUAGAUGCAGCAAAGUCACUCCUCAGCAUCAUUAAUAGUUAUAUUGAUGCCGAGAAUUGUCUAAGAUAUCUUCCUCUUCGCUUCUCACUAUAUUGCGUCAACUCAGCCGUCUUCCUGUACAAAGCAUGGUCCUUCGAAGUCCUCUCCACGCAAGAAAAGCUCGGUAUUCGACAUAUGAUCAAAGACGUGAUCCGACACCUCCAGAAAGCCAGCGUACGCCCCAACGACUUCACAUCCCGCUACUCCGAGCUCCUCGACCGACUUUGGCAGCGCAAAGACUCUGAGACGCAGACCCGGGUAUCCCAGACUCCGAAUCCUGGCGCCACAAAUGUCCCAGAUGCAAAUGGGUUUGUGGCUCCACAGGCAAGAAAUCAAAAUAUAAAUAUGUUUGCUCAGCAGGAUGAGUUCUCGUGGUUGGAUCUCCAAGCGGUGGGGGAGCUGGUUACGGGUGAGCAGGGCUUUGGUGCUGUGGAUGGUUAUACCCAGUUUAUGCCGAUGGGAGGCGAGUGGGAUCUGGGGUUAAUGGAUGGCGAGGAUAUAAAUCGAUUCUUUUGA